AUGAGGAUGAAGGUUGGGCUUGUUGAGAAAUUAUUUACAAAGGUCACCGACAACAUCGUCAAACAUAUCAAGAACAUUAUCUCAAGGACAGACGCUGGGAAGAAGAUAUCUCUCAUGUUGAUGGUUGGAGGGUUUUCGGAAUCCCCUUUUGUACAAAAAGUGAUGAAAACAGAGUUCACUGAAAAGACGAAAGUUAAGGUUCUUAUUCCGCAACAAGCUGGAAUUGCUGUUCUCAAUGGGGCUGUGCUUUUUGGUCGCAUGCCUGAGGUUGUUACAAGUCGUGUCAUUCGGUAUACAUACGGGGUAAAAAUUGUACGAAAAUUUCAAAAAGGAAAAGAUCCGGAAAACAAGAAGAUCCCAGGUGAUCCAACACAGUGUUUCGACGCUUUUAAACCUUUCAUGAAAGAAGGAACAUCAGUUGAGAGAGGCCAUAAAGUGAUACAAGCUUAUUCAACAAGCCGACCUUUCCAAGACGAAAUGGGCGUGAACGUUUACACAGCGUCGGGUUUCGUUCCGGAGUUUGUGACAGAAGAUGGUUGUCGACUUCUAGGAACUUUGAGGGUUAAAGUGCCCGAUCCAUCGGCAAAGACAAGGAAGCUUGUGGUUAUUUUCAGGUUUGGAAGUACCACACUUGCUAUGCUUGCUGUAGAAGAGGACAGCAAAAAAGUGUGCGCUACAGUGUUUGGACUUCCAGAGUAA